GUGCAUUCUGAUUGCCAUGUCCUGAUGGCUUUUGGUCAUAAUAAACAUCAGUGUGCUGUAUAGGAUGAUUUCUUCACCUUGAGAGAUUAAUGCAAACAUUUCUUCCAAGUAUAAUUGCCGUUGUACUUUAGAAGGAACGGCAGCUUUCACAGCUGACCAGUUUUGAAUAACAUUCACGCACAUUUGAGGCCAGCCUAAUGUAGCCAAAGAGCUAAUUUGAGGAGCUGCUUCAUUGUGUCUGUCUCUUUUUAACAGCUCUGAUGACAAGUUACAGAGAAUCAACAAAAGCCGAUGGCAGGAGGUGGCUCUUGUUGCUUUGGGGAGUAGCCCAAAGUAGUAGCCCACUGGAGUGAAAGACUAGAAGAUAAGCACAUUAACACAAACUACAAAAAAUUACGUUAGACUAAACGCAAAAAAAUACUUUGUGCCACAGUGUGUGUUAAAGCUGAAUUUGAGAGAAGUUUGAACAAAUUAUACUUUUUAAGCACUUCACUUUCACUCUGCUUACUUCAUACUGAGAGUUCUUUUUUAACAAGUGCAGCAGAGAGUUCCAAGAACAACGAUCAGAUAUGCAUAUAAGGUCAUCAUGUACCAGCACAAGCUUGCCUGGUAGAUACAGUGCUCUGGCAGAACAUUUGUGGGAGGGGAAAAAAAAAUGACUGACCAUCAUCUUGUGUGACAUGUCAGAGGUGUGCAAAGUAAAAUGUUUUGACCUAACGCAUAAUAGCAUCAGUUAAGUUUAAGGCUGUCUAACCUUUCAAACCUGUUAUGUGCAUAUUGACCACAUUUUUUGGUUGUUAUAGGGGUUUUCUGAAGGCUUAUGUACUUUUCUACAUAAUGUGUCUCACGAGGAUUUAACUUUAAAGACGAAAGAAUACCAGUAUUAAAAGCUGGAGGAAUAGGAAUUAGUACAGAAUAACUGGAUGUGGGUUUUCUCUUUUUUGGUGGUGCACCAGAAUGAAAGACAUGGACAAUAUCCAAACUGUAAAGAAAGAAUGGGUGUGUAAAUCAGGAACCGACAAUCAGAUUUUGAAUGGCACAGAACAAAACUGUGACUACUUUGUAGAUAACCUGUUUGAAGAAGCUCAGAAGGUUGGUGCUAUGUGUGUGCCCCCAACUACAGUCAAGAAUCAGGUUGAUGUCAUCAUUAAACUUUGGAAGAACGGGUUUACGGUAAACGACAGUGAACUGCGGAGCUACGCUGAUGUUGCAAACCAGCAGUUCUUGGACUCCAUUAAAAAGGGGGAACUGCCUUUUGAGCUACGAAAAGUUUUUGAUAAGGAGGAAGUAGAUGUGAAAGUGGAAGAUAAAAAAGAUAAGGUGUAUUUGUCAUCCAAAAAGCCAAUGUUUCAUCCCUUUUCUGGUCAUGGUUACAGAUUAGGAAGUGCUACUCCAAAGAUAAUCUCUAAAGUACGAGACGAUCAUCAAGGACCUGAUGACAAAAGACACCUGCCUUUAGUACCCUUGAAUGAUUUGGAGCCUAUCACUAACAUCCAGAUCUGGUUAGCUGAUGGGGAAAGGAUAAUUCAGAAAUUCAAUGUUUCUCACAGAAUAAGCCAUGUCAGAGACUUCAUAACAAAGUAUCAAGGAUCAGAGGGAAGUGUUCCCUUCACGCUGACAACUUCUCUGCCCUUUCGAGAGCUGCAAGAUGAGACACUCACGCUGGGGGAAGCAGAGUUGCAAAAUGCUGUUGUUGUUCAGAGACUUCAGAAAACAACUGAACCUUUCAGGCUCUUAGUGAUAAAAGCACCUGACAAUGACUAUAAAAGUGCUGCUACCCCUAAUGGACAACUCAAGAAUGAACAAAAAAAUGCUGUCAGUAGUACAAGAUCAAAUUAGCUUUUAACUGGCCAAAAACUAGAUGCAGGGGAAACUAGGCAAAACCAAAAAUGUAACCAGCAAUAUGUGGAUGCCCUCACAUCCUCAUGCACUGUGCUCUUGGAGAGCAGUAUGGGUGCUGUGCUGUCAUCUGCUGUAAUAAGUAUUUUCAGCUAGACUGGGUGGUCAGAGCCUGGCUGUAUAGCAUAGCAGAGGUAACUGUACAGCAGAUCAUCCUUAGAAUUUCCUUAGGUAAAAAGCUUUGUAGUUAUUUAAUGAGUGGAUUUAGGUGGAACAGUUCUCUGAGACUUAAUUACUACUGAUAGCAUCGUUUAGGGAAAAACAGUAUUUAUUUUUGCACUUUAGACUAAACUGAAGUAUUUCACUUACAUUGUGAUGUAAACUACUGCAGUUUGCAUUGUUCUCACAGUAACUUUUAGACAACAGAUGCUGCAGGGAAGCUCACAUUUGGACUCUUAACUUGAAAAUCUUCAGAUCUUUGGGAUUUAACUUUUAUCACAAGAUCUACAGUGUAAUAAUGUGCUGUCAAGUCAUGGUGGUAGGUGCAUGUGUGAGAAGAUAGAAAUGAGGUAGUCUGGUGCAUACUGCAUAUGAAGUGCCUCCAAGUAAGCUCUGAAGGAACUGUUAUUACCAAUGGUUGAAGUGGUUUCUGCCUCUUCUGGGCUGCUACAGGUGUCUUACAGGUCAGGUGAUGUUAAACUACCUAGCUCAUUAGCACAGAGAUCCACUUUUAGCUUUGUCACACAAAAACUUCUGCUUUUCUGGCACUACCAUACAGGAGUAGUGGUUUACGGUUGUUUUUGUGUUCUUUAUCUGCCUCUGCCCUGAACUGACCAGCUGAUUAAGACAGUAAUUAUGUGUAGCUGAGUUUCAAAUACAUUGAAGAUCCUUAUUUGAAAACUGAGGUUUUUCUCCACCCCCCUACCCCGUCUUUUAUUGUGCUAUUCAUGUACUCGAGGCAUAAAAAUUGUAGCCGACUAUUCUGUGUUUUGCUAAAAGAGAAAUCUACAUAAAGACUAAAUAUUUUGUACUGUGUUUACUAAGCAUGUGGGUUUGUGAAUGGAACUAAAGUCUCUAGGUAAGACUUAUCUCAGGACCUUUGGUAGAUGCUGGCUAAUCUGUACUACCUAAGCCAAUGGGUGAUUAUUGGGGUUGUACUUCUUUUGCAAGGUUAAGUGAAAGAUGGUUUUGGGUUUUCCUGGUUUUGUUCUAAAUAGAAAAUUGCUUCAUUGGAGUGACUUGUAUUCUGUCUGAAAAUUGGGAGACUUCAAACUACCCGUGUACUUACUUCCCAGGGAUAUAAAAGUGGUUUGCUUCA